GUAUCCACUAGGUGUCGCUGUAUUUUAUGAAUGAGCAGACUUCGUAUGCCUUGUUAGGAAUCUGUGUCUGAAAACCAACAAAGAUGUAUGCUGUAUUAACAGUCCUAGCAUUACUGGUCAUGGAUGGAGGAAUGGCUGCCAGCAACAAGGUCCUGUCAGAAUGGACUGCUGCAGAUUAUCCAAACCCAGCUAGAGAUUGGACCCUAUGUGGAAGAUAUGAAAAGUCCCUUGUUUGUGAUCCAAAUGGUCUUCUUUCUACAAAAGAAGCUGACACUCUGGACUGGUUGUUGAGAGGAGUAGUGAAUGAUACCAAGUGUCCAUGCUCUGCCUGGAAAUGUGAAUCAAAGAAAUCGGGAUAUGUUGUUGCUGUAGCAUUGGUCAGGAAACUAAACAUUCCAAAAACUGGCCCUGCUCCAGUUGAUGACAAUGAGAAACUUGCAGCUCUAAGACAGUUUGCAUUCGACCUUGAGAACAAUAAAUGGAGGUUUGGAGAAUGUAACGAGGAUGUUAUCAUCGCUUACUCGGCUGAAGAGGGAGCAGUUUUCACAUUUGCUGGAGGUACUGCCAAUAGAAGAUUAAACCAGGACUUGAUUGAUAGUAUAACUGCUCACAGAAAACAUUAUUUUAGAGGAAAUAAACAUGUCUAUGCUGGCCUUAGAUCAAUGGUCAUGGAUUAUAGGGAAGCGUUGACAGAAGGUGGGUUUGUAUUUUCCCAACAGGUAGAUCAGAGCCCUAAAGGAACAGGAGCACAGGUUCUAAGUACUGUGACAUCUAUCCUAAGUCUAGUCAUCUGUACAUUCUUAUUACAGUAAAUACACAGUUUGGAACAGUGAUGUGACAACAAUUUAUCGAACAAGUAUCAGAAGGGGAUGGAACUGUUUUACCAUACCUUCCAGUUGAUUCCUUUGAAAUUAAUUUAAUAGCUCAUACAAAAAUUCCAAAACACCCUCAACGUUUUGUGGUAAGGAAAGAUUAUGAGACAUUAAUGAAAUUUUCUUCCCAUUUAACUUGAUGGUAACCAGUUCAAUCAUAUAUGAAAUCCAUAUUGUAUGAAAAAGUUGUUUGCCAUCCAAGAUGGCCAAAAUUCCUGAAAAAUUGAUGUAUUUUAAAAGAUGUUACUUAUUAUGUCUUUCCAAUCCAUGAAGACUUUGUUGUGUACAGUUAAUGGCUGUUCCAUAAAAACAUACAUGGGAAUCAGGGAAGGCACUUCCAAAUCUCAGCGAUGGGUGGAUGUCAUAUAUGUUUUUGCAUUGUGGAAAUAUAAGUAAAAUUUUAAUUUGCCUCUACAGGUGGUUACCCCAUUUUUAAAGUGCCUUCCCUGGGUACAAUGUAUGUUUAAAUGGAACAGCCCUAACUCAUGCCAGCAGUUUCUUAAAUUUAUAUUUACAUUUUUUUAUUAAAAAGAAUUGCAUCUAGAAAAAAAAUGAAUGAAGAACUUUGUAAACUAAUGCAAUGAUGAUUUGAAAUCAAAAAGUUUGACCAAUGUAUGAUAACAGAGAAUAGUUUCAAUACAUGUAAUGUACAUGUAUUAUGACUGAAAUUCUACUAUGCAACUAUUUAAUCAAAAGAUUUUUAAUCAAAGUCUGAAACAAAUGUUAUUUUUUUACUGAUAAAGAGGUUGUUUUUUUAUAAAUAGUCUUUAAUUAUAAUAGAUUUAUUAUAAGGCUAAAAAAUUAGUUGUUUUUUUUGUAAAAUAGUACAUGAAAUGUUUGUUGUAAUAAUCAGGAAAGAAUGAAAAUUUGAUAUUUUUAUCAAGUUUACCUGAAACAGUGUCCUUCAUGACACAUUUGUUUCAUCUUUUACCCUGGUAAAAAAUUUGAACCAGUUUUUCACUGUUUCAAUUAUAGACCUUUGAGGUAAUAUUAAAGCUAAGAGUUUAAAUUGAUUUUUUAUGAAGUUUCAAUUAUAUCAGCGGAAAGAAAACAUUUAAACCUAGGAUUGUUAAUUGAUCAUUUACAUAAGGAUAUGUAAUAUUAAAAUGAGUCUAUAUUUAGUUUGUUGUUUGAACUGGAAUAUUGGUAUUUUAUUCAUUAUAGAUUUUGUUAUUCAAUGUUUUGACUGAUGGUUUCGAUUGUUAUGCGCUAUGGAUAUAUAAAGAAUUUUUUAAUUGCUUUUCAUACAUGUAGAUCUGACAUUUAAAUACAUGUAUUGAUUUUUUGUACAUGUCAAUAGGUGUAAAUUUUAUCUCAUUGAAUUGUAUUUAAUUUAUGUUCUAUAUAAGAGAUUAAGUAUAUCUCCAUGUGGGAAUCUAACAGGUUUUGUAUAAAUAAAGGCAUGUGAAAAAAUAUAAACUUUCUACUUGUGAAACGUUAAUUUUGUACCACUCACUUUACGAGUAGCAAUAAAGGACUUCACUCCAAAUUAGCCAAAUUUUUUGGGAAAAUGAAUUUCAAAUUAAUGUCCAUACGUUUUCCCCUUUUGAUGGUAAAAUCUUUUGAAGAAAUUAUGAUGAAAGAAGUUCUUUUGAUAUUAUGCUCUAAAAAAAUAAUAUACUUAGUUUAAACAAUAUAUUCAUAGUUUGUCAGUAUUUUUUUAUCCAUAAGACCAUAAAUGUUUCUUGAUUUUUUCAAAAUGAAAAUGAAGAAAUUUCAAGUUAAACUUGGUGUGCAUGAACAAAAGUGUAUGAUACCUUCUGCUUGAUUCUCACAUGGAUUUCAAGGGU